AUGAGACGGUGUAUUCCUUUCCUUCUCUUCGCCUUUUCGUCGGCCCAAAUAGAAGAGCCUUACAAUUUGGGCCAACGUGGCCUAGAUUAUGUCCCGGAAUUGGCCUCGAGGGGUGAGGUGGAAUAUGAAGGUGUCUUUGAAAGGCAGCCCAAGCCAUUGCUAUCCAGGCACAAUGUCGAAACGAUAUUAGCCCUGCGCGCUGCGGCUAAAGCUUCUUCCUCCAAGAAGGUUAAUGUUCAAUCCAAGCCUGGUAUUAAGAAAGCUGCUACCCCCAAGAAGGCCGCUACCCCCAAGAAAGCCGCUCCUCCCAAGAAGGCUUCUGCGCCCAAGAAGGCUGCGCCCAAGAAAGUUGCUCCUAAGAAGACUACUCCCAAGAAAGCUUCUGUUCCCAAGAAAGCUGCUCCGAAAAAAGUUGCUGCCAAGAAGGUUGCUUCCAAGCCUAACGCUGGUGCUAAGAAAGUUGCUCCCAAGAAGACUGCUGCUCCCAAGAAAGCUGCUACUCCCAAGAAAGCUACUACUCCCAAGAAAGCUUCUGUUCCAAAGAAGGCUGCCCCGAAGAAAGUUACUGCUAAGAAAGCUGCUCCCAAGAAGCCUUCUCCCAAAAAGGCUGCAUCUAAACCCAAGGCCGGUGUUAAGAAGGCUUCUACCCCAAAGAAACCUGCCUCUCCGAAGAAGAAGAGCGCCGCGGCUAAAAAGCCUGCUUCGAAAACAACAGCUCGCAAGGGGAAUGUUGGAACCAAGCAACUCCAAGGAAAGCAAGAUAAAUGCACUGCUAAGCGAGGUCUCUUUUCGGGAGGGAAAUCGUGCAAAAAGCCAACACCUACGAAGAAAGCUGCCAAUCCCCGGAAACCUGGCCCGACCUCAAAGCCUGCGGCCCCGAAACCUACUGUUGGCCCAGCAGCGCCUGUUGCCCAAGGAGGCGCGCCGCCCAACAACAGACCUGUGGGUUUAAGAAAGCCUGGUCAAAGGUUGCCCGCCGGUCAAAGGCAACCCGCCGGUCAAAGGCAACCCGCAGGGCAAAGGCAACCCGCAGGGCAAAGGCAACCUGCUGGUCAAGAGAAGCCUACUGGCAAAAGAAAGGCCACUCAUGCUCCGAAGCCAAAGGCCCCCAACGUCCAUAAAGACCCCGGUGCCAGAAAACUCGAGCAACUGGCCCAACAAAGUGGAGCCAAGCUCGAGCCGGGCCAUUCAUACGCGAUCAAACAAAAGAGCACUGGACUCUUUGGACAUCAGAAUGUUGCAGUUGUUGACUACUCGAAGAAGAAUAUCGGCAACAUUGAACAUUACAAGGCUUCGGGUAAGAGGUUCGACCUCCAUAUUGGCUCGAAAAAAGGGGACUCCAAGGCCAAAACAACAGACCCCAACCUAGUGGACGGCGUGAUGGGCACAAAACCCGGGUUGCCACCGAUCUAUUCCAAGAAAGGUGCUUACGUUGAGGCCCAUAACUGGAAUCCGCACCACGCGGCCUAUCAGUCGGGUAGCGAAUUCCUAGGCGAGGUUCAUGGCCAGUACAAGAACCCCGACAAUGUCCUGAAAGAAGCCGGUAAAAUUUUGACUGGUGAUCCUAACCGUCAAAGUGGCGGCAGGUAUAAUAUUCUUAGCGGUUGCGUCAAGUCGCGUGGGAACAACUGCCGAACCAUGUCCGAUAAACUUGGCGACAACAUCACAAAGAAGCCUUAA